AUGUCUGCCAACAAGAAACGAUCGGGACCUGAUGAAAGUGGCACUCCAUCCUCCUCAAAGCGGUCGAAGAGCUCAUCGAGUACCACCACGUUAUCGUUCCUGCCUCCUAAAGGCGAUCUUAACAGUAUCGUGAGCCAACAACCACCGGCCCAAUUGCUCCCAUCUAAACCUGCGGUACUCGCUUCCUCCGAAGAAAUAGCCCGCAAACGUGCCGAGAUAGCAGCCAAAUUUGCUUCUUUCAAAAACAACAUAUCAGGAUCGGCUGGGCUCAACGUUACCCCUGGCGGGUCGAUGAGUGUUCAGCCCAGUGCCGGGCCCCCAAGCUUGCCCAACAUUGAUCCGAAUCUGGCCAAGAAGGUGGCAGAAGCACGGAAAACAGUUGAACAACUCACCGCUAAGGCCAAGAAUCCAUACCUGUCCGGGCCUUCCGAUCCAGUCGAACCAGUUUCAAUGACCACCACAGGUGUUCAUCCCUUGCUCAUUGGACUCGAUAAGGGUUCAUCCAGCGGUACCGGUUCAAAUGAUAGAUAUAAACCCAUGGUUCCCAAAUUUGCUACUGUCAAGGCCAAUGUUGCUAAACCCACAAGUCAUGCUCCCAAAAAGAAAGACUUGUAUCAGACUUCGCAGCCUGAAGCCGAUCCUGUGGCAAUCGAUAACCGUUCAAAUCCUCAUUUCGAUAAAUCCUUGGCGGGGCCUAUAGGAGAUCCUUCUGGCCUGGUGCGCACCAGAGCAACCCGGAGUUUAAGAUUUAACCCAAAAGGAAAAUAUAUUCGACUUGCAGAACAAGUCCGAGCAGAGGUCCGUCUAGAAGAAUUGAAACGCCGAAUAGCAGAGAGCUCUCGCAAGGCUGGAUUAGAUGGUGAAAUCGAGGCUGUAGAGAAACAAGUCAGAGUGUGUACUCCUACCGUCCGGCCUCAUGUUAUGUCUGUGAAAUUAUCCAACAUGAUGAAAGUAUUAACUUCGGAUGCUGUGGCAGAUCCCACAAAGAUCGAAGCUCGCGUUCGAAGAGAAAUGUUACAGCGUAAGAAGACCCACGAGCAGGCCAAUGAAAAGCGCAAACUAACGGAUGAAGAGAGGAAGCAGAAACUUGAGGAGAAGAGGCAAGCGGAUGAAUCCAGAGGGAUCUUAACUACUGUUUACAAAAUCAAGUAUCUUACCAACCCCGCGCAUCGAUUCAAAGUCCGCAAAAAUGCGGAACAACAUGGCUUAACCGGUGUCCUAAUUUUCAACCCUCGAUUCGCGCUCAUUGUUGCUGAAGGGGGCUCAAAGGCGAUCAGAGCCUACAAGCAUCUUAUGCUUGAGCGGAUCGAUUGGACAGCCGAAGCACGAUCGCGGACGCCAGAUGAAGAGAGGGGUGAAGCACAGCCACCACCAGCUGAUGGAGAGGAGCAACCUGUUGAACCACAAUCACUGGCCGAAAAUACGUGCGAGCUCAUAUGGGAAGGUGACGGGAGAGAAAGGGUGUUCAAAAGUUUCAGACCGAAGAAUUGUCCUUCAGAUGCAAUUGCGAGAGAGUUUUUGGGAUCGAGAUUGGGCUUCUGGGAUUUGGCCAAAAAAUGGGGCGAUGAUACAAUUAGCUGA